AUGGAUCAGAAUAUCAAUGAUUUUGAUGAUGACAGUAACGAUGAGCUUGAAUUAUACGUAGUGUUGCAAGUUGUAAUGCAAGAAAUACAUGCCUUAUGCGCCGUAGCUUUUGUUGUCAUUGAGGUUGUCUUAAAAAGGUAUUUAUCUGAGUAUCGCCAUAACCUUAUUAGAGAGCCCAAUCGAUUGCAAAAACAAAUGGACUAUAUUAACCGUCUAGUGAGAGAAAGUGACAUAACAUGUGUUGAACAACUCCGUAUGGAUCGGCGUGAUUUUAUGACCUUGUGCAAUAUGGUUCAUACGAUAGGUGGGUUAGGGCAUUCAAAAUAUGUCACUUUAGAAGAGAAGGUGGCCUUUUUCCUCUUCAUCUUAGCACAACACUUGAAAAUACGAAAUGUUAAGUUCAAUUUCUAUAGGUCUGGAGAGACUGUUAGUCGGUAUUUCAAUGAUGUCUUAAAGGUUGUGUUGCGUCUGCAAGCCAAUUUACUCGUCACACCAAAUCCUAUAACUGAAGCAAGCACCGAUCCAAGGUGGAAUUGCUUCCAAAAUUGUCUUGGAAUACUCGAUGGCACCUAUAUUAAAGUUCGUGUACCUGCGGUUCAUCAAGCAAGGUAUAGGACAAGAAAAGGAAAGAUUGCUACUAAUGUUUUGGGAGUUUGCUCCCAAGACAUGAAUUUCAUAUAUGUGUUGCCGGGGUGGGAAGGGUCAGCAGCCGACUCUAAGAUUUUGAGAGAUGCAAUCAAUCGACCCAAUGGCUUAAGGAUCCUAAAUGCAUGUUACUUGUUACACAACUUCAUUCGACGAGAGAUGGUAGUUGACCCCCUAGAGGAUGAUCCAGACUUAGCGGAUGCCUUACAAAAUCAACCCCCAAUGGGAGAUGAUUUUAUUGAGACUGUUGAGACAUCUAACGAGUGGACUGAGUGGCGGGAUACAUUUGCAAUGCAAUUGUACAACAAUUGGUUGGCUAAUGGAGGGGCUGGAUAA